CUGAAAGUAGCAUACAAAGUUGCAAAUGUCAAAGAAGGGAACCACACAAAAGAGGAUUUUAAGACAUUAACUCAACUUGACAUGUAUUUUGUAACAACUUAGAUAGUUGAAUAAUUAUUAAUGUACGCUUAAAUUUACAUUUUUUAAUCAAUACAAUUAUAUAAAUUAUGAUGAUUAGUAUGUCAAGGGUGAAAUCUUGAACUUUAUCCGAAAAUUUGUGUGAUAUAGAACAAUUUAUUAUUUUGUUCUCUAUUCAAAACUGUAAGCAAAAACAUUGUUAAUAAUAAUAAUAAUAAGAAUAAUGAGUCACUGUCUUGUUAUAACAAGAGAACGUACACGAAAUUCAACUUGGUUGUCGUCCAAUGUUAUCCAAAUUUGCCGCCCAAACCAGAGAGAGUUACCUUCCAAUUGGACUGUUGAGUGUUUGUAUAGAAAUUUAUGUACAGAUUUAUUCUCUUAUAUAUACCAGAGUUUCUCUGAUAUCAAAAUGUACCUUCUCACUUCUGAUAUACACUCAUAUAAAGUUACAAACUAGCAAGAAAUGGCUUCAAGAUCACAAAAGGUUUCUGUGGUGGCAGCUCUGGUGUUAGUCUUGGUCAUGUGGGCUUCUGAGUGUCAAUGCCGGACAUUGGACGGAGCUUCCAUGUCAGAACAACACGAGCAAUGGAUAGCUCGCUAUGGUCGCACCUACAAAGAUGAUGCCGAAAAGGAAAUUCGUUUCCAGAUUUUCAAGGAGAAUGUGGAGUUCAUUGAGUCGUUUAACAAAGCAGGGAAUAAGUCGUAUAAGCUAGGCCUCAAUGAAUUUGUGGACCUUACCAAUGAGGAAUUCAGAGCCUCUUGUAAUGGCUACAAAAAGUCGUCCAGUGUCCUUAGAAACACACCAUUUAGGUACGAAGGUGUGACUGCAGUUCUGUCCACCAUGGAUUGGAGGAAGAAGGGAGCUGUCACUCCAGUCAAGGACCAGGGUCAAUGUGGAUGCUGCUGGGCGUUCUCUGCAGUGGCUGCCAUGGAAGGAAUCACACAAUUGUCCACAGGAAAGUUGAUAUCCUUAUCUGAACAAGAAUUGGUCGAUUGCGACACAAGUGGUACUGACCAAGGCUGCGAGGGAGGACUCAUGAACAACGCCUUCGAGUUCAUCAUCAAGAAUGGAGGCCUCAACACAGAGGCCAACUACCCUUACAAGGGAGUUGACGCCACUUGUAACAAGAAGUCCUCAUUUAACGAUGCUGCAAAAAUAACCGGCUACGAAGGUGUGCCAGCCAAUAGUGAGAAGGCAUUGCUGAAAGCCGUGGCCAACCAGCCAGUGUCAGUGGCAAUCGAUGCUGGUGGUUCUGAGUUCCAGUUGUACUCGAGUGGCGUCUUCACCGGGGAAUGUGGAACCCAAUUGAACCAUGGUGUCACAGCCGUAGGAUAUGGAACUGCAGAUGAUGGUACUAAGUAUUGGUUGGUGAAGAAUUCAUGGGGUUCCAAUUGGGGUGAGAAUGGUUAUAUUAGAAUGCAGAGAGAUGUGGAUGCCGAAGAAGGCCUUUGUGGCAUUGCUAUGGAAGCUUCCUAUCCUACUGCUUCUUAAAUAUAUAAUUUAUAUAUAAAAACAAAAAUUAUGGUAGCUGAAAUGGAUGUUGAUCACCAAGCUAUAGCUCUUAAAGUUUUACAUGAAUGAAAUACCUGAUAUGGUUUAUAUACGAGUAUA